AUGGAACGUCGCACUCGUCGAGAAAACUCAGGUCAAGAGUGCGGCAACUUACUUGCCUACACUGUGCUCAGACCGGAAUCUCUCCGCUGCGUGGCACUUGCUCUUCCGCCGUCCAUCGGCCGCAAGAGAGCGCGAGACUCGAUUAUGGAGAUUGCGAUGCGCCGUCGAACCUUCUGCGGCAAGGCACACCUGCACCGCAUGAAAGCGGAGCGCUCGAGUCUCUCCAAACUCGAAGACGAGCAACAGCUCAAACCGUCGCUGCUCAGUCCGCGCCCCAUCCGACUGCUCCACGAGAGCGCCAUGGCCGAGCUCUUCCAGGAGCAGCAGCGUCCAUCCUCCUAUUCUCAUUCGGGCCGUCGCCCGGCACCCUCUUCCGCCUCGUCCUUUUCAUCUUCCGAGUCGUCGACGGCCUCAUUGCGCCGACUACUUGAAGAGUCAGAGGAGCAACUUUCUCGAGCUCUCGCCCAAGCAGAAGAAGCUACAGUUGACGCCGCCCAGCUGGACGAGCUUAACGCUCGAGUCGCAGUCUUCUCCGCCGCGUCCUCUUUGCUUCGGGCGAGUAUCUCCAGCAGUGCGUUGGUAGGAGGCGACGAACAGCCGCGAGCGGACGCCCCCAUCAUGAGUUUGUCCGCUCCUGCUACUAUUGCCGGCGGUAGCCUCGCUGUUAUGGAUUCGAGUGAAGGCUUCGACAUAAUGCGACGGCGAGAGUGUCAGAUCUGCUUCGACAAGUUGGACGCUCUUCAAGCGCAUGUGUGUGUUUCAUGCUGUGGAUCUUUCUGCGCCAGCUGCACGCGCUGGUACAUCGAGUACAAAGUGCUGGAAGGUGAAGUCUCCCAGAAGAAGAUGGUGUGUCCAGCGCCGCAGUGCACACGACCGCUGUCCGAGGGGAUCAUUGAAGCCUUGGUGUCGCCUGAUACGCUCGCAAAGUAUAAGAAGUUCCUCAAGAACCAGAAGGUGGGAAUCCGCUUCUGUCCGCGUGCUGGUUGCUGCGCUGUCUUGGAAGAACCACUCAACUCCACAGUACGAAGAGUUAAAUGUCAGGCAUGCAAACACGAGUCGUGCAUGCGCUGCGGCGGAGACUUCCACAAGAUCCCGACAUGUCGUCGCGUGGAGAAGCGCUUUGGGCACUGGAAGAAACGACACAAUGUUCGAGCGUGUCCUAGCUGCAAAGCUAGCAUCGAAAAGCAGGGCGGCUGCUCGCAUAUGAAGUGCUUCCAGUGCGACCAAGAGUUUUGCUGGUCUUGUCUGUGUUCUUGGGACAACCAUGACGAAACAUUGUGUCUACCUUUGAGUUUCCUGCGCUCCAAGAGCCGCAAAUAUGGCUGCUGGUCGCCAAUGCGCGUCGUUACUAAGACAGCGAUCGUAGGAGUAGCAGCAGUCGUGGCAGUGGCCGGAGCAGGACUGGCAGUUGUCGUGCUGCCACCAGUGCUAGGAUACCAGUACGCCAAGGACUCGUACCGACGUCACAAGUACGCACGUGCGUCGUAUCUCCGCGUAUUGGACGGAGACGCAUAUCUUCAUUAACUCGUCGACGUUGCAGACUAUUCAUGCCAAUUGUUGUGCCGUUUCAGCAGAUCCGUCUUUCAACUGUUCGUGGUCUCGCUUCAGCUCGUCACUGUCUGCAUCUCAUCAUUGCAUGUUGCCUAAGUUAAUUCAAAUACACAUCCACU